AUGGCGGCUCGCAUAGAGCAGACUGCGUCUGAAAAGUUGAUCGACUGGGAAGCUGAGACAGCUUUCCACCCCGAGAGCCUAGUACCGUCUACACAAAGCGAUGAAGGGGCCAUCACUCCAGAGAGGAUAUACGGCAAGGAUCUCCGUGUUCUCUACACCGGGGCCACAGGCCACUCAGCGAGGUAUGUUUUGGAGAAAUUGGUAAACGAUGAGCGGAUCUCCAAGAUCUACUGCAUCGCUAUUCGAUCUACGAACAAAGUGUCAAAUGCAUCGGAGAAGAUCAUCCGGUUCCCAGGAGACCUCCUCGAGGAGCGACUCGGCUUGCCAGAAGAGCAAUUCAAUUUCCUCGCCAGCGAUAUAGACGUCAUCUUCCAUGCCGCCGCAAACCGCUCUUUCUGGGACAACCACCAGGUUAUGAGACCGGCCAACGUAUCGUCAGCGCACACGCGUAUCAACCUGGCCACCCCCCGAAAGGUCCCCAUCCACUUCAUGUCCUCUGCCGCUGUUCAUCUCUUUAGCGGCAAGGAAGACUAUCCCGAGGCCCGAGCAACAUACCCCCCACCAGCGGACGGCAAAGACGGCUAUCUAGCCUCGAAGUGGGCGGCAGAGAAGCUCUUCGAAAGGCCAGUACGGGAACAAGUACAGCAGCAGGGCCGCCUCUCGAAGGACACUGUAUUUGCCGAGUUCAUGCGUGUUGCCCACGAACUUCGAGUCCAUAUCCCCAAAGGCAACAUCAAGGGGGAGAUUGACCUUCUUGAACUAACGGGGCUGGCUGAUGUGCUAAGCGACUGUAUCAUCAGGAGCACCGGGAAAGAGCCCGAGCACGCGGAUGGGCGGUCCGCUUUGGUGCGAUACCUGAACCAUCAUGCUGAUAUGAAAUUGCAGUUGGACGAAUGGGAGGCGUAUUUCGUGGAGCACCAAGACGAGCUAUCUCAAGUAGAGAUGACGGAGACACUCAAUGCGACAGAGUGGAUCGGUAGGGCGAAGAAAAUUGGGUUCCCCUAUAUGUUGUUGGCGCAGAAUUUUGACUUGACAGGGGAGAGCAGCUUGCCGAUUGUACAGAGGAGGUGA